AUGGCGCUGUCCCGUAGUGAAAGAGCCGUGAACGCCUCUCAGCUGCUGAGCCGGAGGAGUAGAGGCAUCAGGGAUGCUGGGACUCUGCUCAGACACAAUAUGAGGCUCCUUAGAGGUAUCCUACUCCAGGACAACAGGGAUUUCAUUAAAGUAUGGAACAAGAGCUCAAAAUCUACAAUAAUGUAUGAGAAUGGUAAAAUCUACUUUGAAAAUUACCAGAGCUGCUACAGCUGUGUUCAUGCAGAGCCUCAACUUCUAUACAAACUGCCUAAGAGAUCUAAACUGGAGAAAUUUGAAGAUGCCUUGCUGUGUCAGAGCCCACUUGACAGCACAUUAGCCUCCCCCUCUGAUCAAAAACCCAGCCUCUUGGCUUUGAGCGCCAAUAACUGGCUCUAUCGCCUUUCAGCUGAAACAGGAGAGGAGCUGCAGAGAGUUUACCUGUCUUCAAAACACAAGUUCAGGUAUCUCGGCUGGGAUGUUUCUCAAGAGAUGUUUUACGUUAAAUCUGUUCAAAACAAAGAAACCUCUUUAGCACGACAGGCAGGUAUCACUCAGAAUACGGUGAUGCACCUCGCCAUCUUUCAUGUCUUUCCCUUACAAAUUGUUGGCAUUUUGGAGAUCAACAAAAAGGUAUUUGGAAAUGGUGUUACUGAUGUUGUUCUGUCCCAAGGUGUCCUUGUGGUGUCCUACAGCAACAAGUCAGUGAAACUGUACAGCUUUGAGCACAUUGUUCAAAGGUACUCGACAGAGAAGCUAACGCUUGGGAUGCCAAGUUCACUUCUUGGUGGCAAAACUGUGGGAGAUGUUCCGUUUGGUAUCCCAGUAAAUAUACAGAUCACAGAUUGGCCUCCAGUGCUUUUCGAGGUAUCAUGUGCCAACAACAGUGUCCAGAUUGGAGGCUACCCAUGGCAUUACAUCUACACGCCACCACAUAAAAAUCACAAGGGCACUCACCACAUCUGUUCACUCAAGGACAGCACUAUGGCAUCAAAUGGAAUACAAAACAUGAACUGCUGCUCUUUAGAGAGUGACGGGAUUUUCUUUCACCCUGACGACUCAGGAAGAAUCCUUCAUGUUGGACCUGCCACCAUAAAUGUCUUGAAAAUCCUUGGUGAGCUAAACAACAGUUUACCAUCAAAGGUAGUUGAGGAUUUUGCCAUGAAAAUCCAUCGAAACAACAACCCCACCUCACAAGUCACAGUCACCUCAUCGGGCCGAACGGUGAAGAAAAGAUUUCAUCAGCUGGAUGAUGACCCAGAUCAAGAGACUUUCCGCAUAGUGGAAUAUGAGGACGAGCUGGACCUUUUGGCAGUGGUGGUUACUAAUGGUGAGGAGGGAGAAGGAAGAGCCCAAAUCCGACUGCACGACAACCAGAGCGGGCAGUUACUGCGGACUGUGGCUCUGGUUGAACCUUGGGACGAGACAUAUCGACAUGAGUUGUUUUUCGACAAAGACACAGUUGUUCAUAUUGAACAGAAGAACACCAGCUUCUGCUGCCAUGUUUACAAGCUCAAGGCUGCCAGAAAAUAAGGCUUUUAUUUUUCAAGAUAAUGUAAAUAUUUGUUCCCAACUUGUUUUUUUAUACAGCUUUUCUGUAAAACUCAUAUUGCUGUUUUUUUAACAUCUGGAUUACUGUGUCAUGUCCAUUGUGUGAAUUCGAUUAGAUAAUCAUCGUUUGUGAUUUGAAUCAUUGUCGUCUCGUUGCUGUAUUACUGAUUAACAUGUUCUCUCUCACACCUAUGAACAUUACUCUUUCUUUUCAAUUAAAUUCUGAUAUUUUUCCAAGUUACUCUGUAUUUCUGCAUCCUUCUGUGUACCAACCAUUUUCAACUAAAUAGUAACGUAUUCAAAAGUGGCUUUUAUGCAAUGUCAUCAAAAUUGUGCAUUAUUGACUACUUGCUUUCACAACCCACAGUACCAAUUGUGUUUGUGUGGCGCAACCUGUCCAUUUGUUACAGAUGUUAAUGAACAUUCUUGAAAACUCAGGCAUGUUUAUAUUUUGCGUAUUUUAUACUGAUAU